AUGAGUGCUGUUAAAGAGGACAACCAGUGUCAGACAGCAGCUCGGAUUGUCACCGACCUCUGCCGCAAGAAGAGCCUGCCCAAAUUGGACUUGGACACCUGCAAGGAGUUCCUCUUCUUCUCUCCAGACCUGAGUGUCCCUGAGCCAGAGCUCUCCAUCAGCCUCCUUGCAGUGAUAGUUAUUGUAUGUGGACUAGCCCUGGUGGCAGUUUUUCUCUUUCUCUUUUGGAAGCUGUGCUGGGUGCCCUGGAGGAAUAAACCUAUUUCAACUAACACCCCUGCCUCCCAGUUUUUGGCAGAACACGAGAAAGACACCAUGACUGACAAGCUAAAGGACACAGGGACUCUUGGAUUCUUAGAGGCAGCUGUGAAAAUCAGCCACACAUCACCAGACAUCCCAGCAGAGGUCCAGAUGUCCAUGAAAGACCACCUCAUGAGGCGCACACGGAUGCAGAGGCAAACAACAGAACCAGCAUCUUCUACCAGGCACAUUUCUUUCAAGAGGCACCUGCCCAGGCAGAUGCAUGUCUCCAGUGUGGAUUAUGGCACAGACCCACCACCAGUCACAGAGCAGCCAACUUGCAUUGGUCGGAUCAAGCCAGAACUGUAUAAGCAGAAAUCUAUAGACUCUGAGGAUCCCAAGAAAGAGGGAGAAAAAACCUGUGGGAAAAUAAACUUUUCUUUGAAAUAUGAUUAUGAGAAUGAGACACUGAUUGUGCGGAUCCUCAAAGCUUUUGAUUUGCCAGCCAAGGACCUCUGUGGUAGCUCCGAUCCAUAUGUCAAGAUCUACCUCCUGCCUGAUAGGAAACGCAAGUUCCAGACACGUGUACAUAGAAAAACUCUCAAUCCAACAUUUGAUGAGUGCUUUCAGUUUCCUGUGCCCUAUGAAGAGUUAACCAACAGGAAGCUCCACCUUAGUGUCUUUGACUUUGACAGGUUUUCCCGGCAUGAUAUGAUUGGGGAGGUGAUCUUAGAGAAUCUCUUUGAGGCCUCGGAUCUUUCUCGGGAGACCUCCAUCUGGAAAGAUAUUCAGUACGCCACAACUGAAAGUGUGGACCUGGGAGAGAUCAUGUUUUCCCUUUGUUAUCUGCCAACUGCAGGUCGUCUUACUUUAACAGUCAUUAAAUGCAGGAAUCUUAAAGCAAUGGAUAUCACUGGCUACUCAGAUCCUUAUGUCAAGGUGUCUUUGCUCUGUGAUGGGAGGAGGCUGAAGAAGAAGAAAACCACCAUAAAGAGAAACACACUUAAUCCUACAUACAAUGAAGCAAUAAUCUUUGACAUCCCUCCAGAGAAUAUGGAUCAAGUCAGCCUGCUUAUCUCUGUUAUGGAUUAUGACCGAGUUGGCCAUAAUGAGAUUAUUGGUGUUUGUCGUGUGGCAAAUAGUGCUGAGGGCCUGGGUCGGGACCACUGGAAUGAAAUGCUGGCUUAUCCACGCAAACCCAUUGCUCAUUGGCACUCAUUGGUGGAAGUGAAGAAGUCCUUCAAGGAGCAAAAUCCAGCACCUGUUGGGAGUGUUCCCAAGGCAGUGAUCCCAGUAGCAGAGUCAUUCCACUCCCUUUCUCCUGUGAUGUCUCAUUCGAAACAUUCUAAGUGGCAUGGCCGAGCAGCCAGUUUUGACAGCCAAGGCUCCUGCCCUUCUCCUAAACCACCUCCAACACCAUGAUACAUCAAGCGCUGACUCCACCUAGACUCAACAAAGAUGUUCGAUUUGUUUUGGUUUUUGGUUUUUUUCUCACAUGCCCUGAAUUCUAAGCAUCUGGUUGCUGAAUAAGAGUGGAACCAGACAACCAACACUGAGAUGAUUUGAUCUGGCAGUGACAAAGGCAUCAGAACUGUUUAUGGUCCAAUUUUAUCUUUGUUAUUUAUGUCUUUCAAGGUGACAUUCUCUGUGGUUU